CGCCCCCGCCUCGCCACACCCGCCCUCAUGCGCGGGGGUCCUUGGUUUGCAAGGGUUGGGCUGCAAUCCGCUUGUGGCCCAAGGUGGGUGUCAGGACGCCUUGUCCCGGCGGGAACGCUGUUCCCGCUGGCUGUGGCCGAGGACGCCAGGCUGUCAGGCUUAUCUUUAUGGGCUUUUCCCAGCCCCAGCGGGCCCUGGCCCCUUUUUAUCUCCUGCUUGCACUUGGCUUGUUUACUUUGUCGGGCCCUGGGAGCCCGACUCUAAACCCAGGAUGAGCAGGCUGGGGCGAUCCAGGGAGAAUGGAGAGAUCAAGAGAAAGAGGAGACCCUGAGCCACAAGGCAGACAAGCAGUCAGACACACAGAAAGCCCACCUGACCUUGGCCAAAUCCAGACUGUGGACAACUGGGGGAGGAGAUGCUGCAGGACAAGGGCCUGUCGGAGAACGAGGUGGCCUUCCGGGCCCCGGGCCCAGGGCUAGGCGAAGGCAGCUCCGCCACCGCCCCCGAGCCCACGCUGGCAGCGCCCGGCCUCAGCGGAGCCGCGCUCGGUAGCCCCCCGGGUCCGGGCCCUGACGUCGCCGCCGCCGUGGAGCAGACGAUCGAGAACAUCAAGGUGGGGCUGCACGAGAAGGAGCUUUGGAAGAAGUUCCAUGAGGCGGGCACCGAGAUGAUCAUCACCAAGGCGGGCAGGAGGAUGUUCCCAAGUUACAAGGUGAAAGUCACAGGCAUGAACCCAAAGACCAAGUACAUCUUGCUGAUUGACAUUGUCCCUGCGGAUGACCAUCGCUACAAGUUCUGCGACAACAAAUGGAUGGUGGCAGGCAAGGCCGAGCCAGCCAUGCCAGGAAGGCUGUAUGUGCACCCGGAUUCUCCAGCCACAGGGGCCCACUGGAUGCGGCAGCUGGUCUCUUUUCAGAAGCUGAAACUGACAAACAACCACCUGGACCCUUUUGGCCAUAUCAUCCUGAAUUCCAUGCACAAGUACCAGCCACGGCUCCACAUCGUUAAAGCUGAUGAGAACAACGCCUUUGGCUCCAAAAACACAGCCUUCUGCACUCAUGUGUUCCCAGAGACCUCCUUCAUCUCUGUGACCUCCUACCAGAACCACAAGAUCACGCAGCUGAAAAUCGAGAACAAUCCUUUUGCCAAGGGAUUCCGGGGCAGCGAUGACAGUGACCUGCGUGUGGCGCGGCUGCAGAGCAAAGAGUAUCCAGUGAUUUCCAAAAGCAUCAUGAGGCAGAGGCUCGUCUCCAGCCAGCUCUCGGCCAAGCCCGACGUCAGCCCCCUGCAUGGGGCCCACCAGGCCUUGCAGCACUACCAGUAUGAAAAUGGGGCCCACAUGCAGUUCACUGCAGCCGAGCCACAGGACCUGGGCCUCAACACCUUCCCGCCCCAGAGGGACUCCAGCCUCUUCUACCACUGCCUGAAGAGACGAGCAGACAGCGCCCGCCACCUGGAGCUACCCUGCAAGCGGUCCUACCUGGAAGCCCCCUCUUCCGUGGCAGACGAGCACUACUUCCGUUCUCCCCCUCCCUACGACCAACAGAUGCUGAGCCCCUCCUACUGCAGCGAGGUGACGCCCAGAGAAGCCUGCAUGUACUCGGGUUCGGCGCCCGAGAUUGCCGGGGUGUCUGCCGUGGACGACUUGCCCCCGCCCCCGCUGAGCUGUAACAUGUGGACGUCCGUCUCGCCGUACACCGGCUACAGCGUUCAGACCAUGGAGACUGUGCCUUACCAGCCCUUCCCCACACACUUCACGGCCACCACUAUGAUGCCCCGGCUGCCCACCAUCUCGGCUCAGAGCUCCCAGCCUCCGGGGAACGCCCACUUCAGUGUCUACAAUCAGCUGUCACAAUCUCAGGUGCGGGAGCGGGGUCCCACGGCCUCCUUCCCGAGAGAGCGCGGGCUCCCCCCGGGCUGCGAGAGGAAGCCGCCCUCUCCACACCUGAACGCUGCCAAUGAAUUUCUCUACUCCCAGAGCUUCUCCUUGACCCGAGAGUCUUCCUUACAGUAUCAUUCAGGAAUGGGGACUGUGGAGAACUGGACUGACGGAUGACUGCCACCUCGCCCGCACAGCCCCUGUCAAUCAGUGUUAACCUCCAUGGGUGGCCCGCACUACCAAGAGACCCAGGAAGGUAUUUCAAAGGGUGUACGUGUGCCAACGUAUGUGUGUUUAUAUGUGUGCGUGUGCGCGUGUGUAUGUGCUUGUUCAUAUAUGUAGGGAGAACGUCUAUCUUCUGACAAAUAGCUGAGGCCAGCACAAGAGAAGAGAAACACCAAUUAUCUGAGAAGAGAUUUUGGCUGCAGGGCCCGGGACCACUGUUACCUGACGUCUCUUGUGCUGCCCAGGUGAGGGGUAGGAGUGGAGGAUUCAUCUGAAUUCUUUAGAGGUUUGCAUAAUACAGUUGGAUUCACCCAGGGGCUGGGAGUUGAGGUCCUUCUCUGUCAGAGAGCUUCUCUCUGACACGUGGGGUUCUGACCUUCGACCGUCAGGGCGAGUGAGGGCCCCUCCUUUGGCUUUUGGAGAGUCCAUGAGACUCCCUGAGCCCCGGAGUGUGCUUUCAGAGUAGAGCUGUCAGCUCCUUGCUGGCCUGGAGGUGGGUCCCUGAGGCUCUGAGGUCUGAGGGGGACUUCCAGAGAGGCUUGUGUACUCCAUGCUGCCUCAUGGGUAUUUAAAAAUAUUUCUUCCUUUUUCUGUCAAGAGUAGGGAAAACCCAACCAGUAGCAUCUCUGUCAUUGUUCAGGGUUUGUGGUAAAGUACAAAACCCUUCCCUCUGGGUCCCCAACAUGCAGCGUCUCUCUGGGGUACACGAUUGGCCGGUCUGGCACUCGGCAUCCCAUGGGCAGCAGCUGUGACACAUACCUCCCCUGGUAGCGCCCUCAGAACCUUAUCAGAGCUGAUGCCCAGCAUCUCUCCUGGGCCUGUUCAGCUCCCAGGAAACCCGUGCCCCUGGAAUGAGACACGCAAAAGAGAACUGAGAACAGUUAAGUUCCUCCAGUAAAUUCAGCCAAUAUGCUCAGAGGAGCAAAGAGAACUUUUCUCCUGGGGGUGACCUCGUAGUUCUCAGCCCUGUUCUCUAGUGCUGGACAUCACCAGCCUGGGUGGCUGGUGUGAACUCUAAAUUAAAUCUGGGAAAUCACUAAACUCUUUGCAUGCCGAAUAGCUAUUUAUAUAUUAUAUAAAUAAAUAAAUGAAUAAAUAUAUAUAUAUCUCACAAAUGCGGGCCACAUGUCAAAUUCAGCUUUGCUUUUUACAAAUGAAUAAACUUAAUAAAAAUGAAUGCUGGUGGGGUAUUUGGGAAGACAUCUAUUUAAAUUUUUAUUACAUGUUUGAUAUGAAAAACUAAGAAUGGUUUAGAUAAAGCGUAUAUAUAUAUAUUAUAUAAACACACACAACAGAUAAAACUUUAUUAGAAGACACAUUAGCUGACAGGUGAUAUGGAACGUCAAGUGUUUUGUUAUAUAGCAUGGACAUUUUAUUUUAUUUUACAUAUUGGAACAUAAAGCCACCU